CUUUAUUGGAAACAUGGGUUCCGUUUGUUUGACUCUCAUAGCAGUGCUGCUGCUGAAAAAUAUCGUUUUAGCCUGCAAGGCUCCUGAUGUAGUUGAAUCUGAAAAGGAUUGGUGGCAAACUGCCCAAUUUUACCAAAUAUAUCCUCGGUCAUUCAUGGACUCGAAUGGUGACGGGAUUGGUGACAUAAAUGGAAUAACUUCGAAGUUGGAUUACCUUAAAGAAAUCGGUGUAACGGCAGCUUGGCUUUCUCCAAUUUUCAAAUCGCCAAUGGUUGAUUUUGGCUAUGAUAUUUCAAGUUUUUAUGAAAUUCAACCGGAAUACGGAACAAUUGAUGAUUUGAAAAAUCUCAUCGCAAAGGCAAAAAAUCUUGGUCUCAAAAUUAUUUUAGACUUCGUCCCGAAUCACGCUAGUACUGAAAAUGAAUGGUUCAAGAAGUCAGUGAAACGCGAGAGAGGCUUUGAGGACUUCUUUGUCUGGCAUGAUGGUUAUGAGAAUCCAAAUGGAGGCAAACGACUCCCUCCAAGUAAUUGGAUUCAAGCCUUCAGAGGAUCCGCCUGGGAAUGGAAUGAUGAAAGAAAACAAUUCUAUCUCCAUCAAUUUGCAGUUCAACAAGCCGAUUUAAAUUACCGCAAUCCAUUAGUGGUCGAAGAAAUGAAACGUGUUUUGAGAUAUUGGCUGGAUAUGGGUGUUGCUGGUUUUAGAAUUGACGCCGUUCCAGUUCUGUUUGAGGCUCUACCCGAUAGCACAGGGCGUUAUCCAGAUGAGCCACUUAGCGGAACUACUAAUGAUAAGGAUGAUCAUGAUUACGUUACUCACAUUUACACCGAAAAUCAACCCGAAACCCUUGACAUGGUCUAUCAAUGGCGUACCGUAAUGGACGAUUAUCAGCGAAUUCACGGUGGUGAUACGAGAGUUCUGUUGAUUGAAACUUACGCACCAGCUUGGUUUACUAUGCCUAUGUAUGGGAAUAGCACUACAAAAGGUGCACAUUUACCGUUUAAUUUCAAUUUGAUAACAAUGUUACACAAAGGAUUGAAAGCGACAGAUUUGGAAAAAAGCAUUGCUGCUUGGUUGGACAAAAUGCCUGCAGGACGAACUGCUAAUUGGGUGACUGGAAACCAUGAUCAAAGGCGAACAGCAAGUCGAUAUGGAAUUGAAUUGGCUGAUACUAUGAAUAUGCUGGUUAUGAUGCUUCCUGGAGCAAGUAUUACAUAUCAGGGUGAAGAGCUGGGAAUGAUCGAUGGUGAGAUAUCGUGGGCUGAUAGUGUAGAUCCAGCUGCAUGCAACUCUAAUCCACAAAUCUAUGAAAAAUUCACUAGAGAUCCCUCACGUACACCUUUCCAAUGGAGUAAUAGUAAAAAUGCUGGAUUCUCUACUGCCGCCAAAACCUGGCUUCCUCUUGCUGCUGGCUAUGAAACGACAAAUGUAGAAGACGAACGGAAAUCACCAAAAAGUCAUUUUAAUAUAUACAAGGCUUUAGUCAAUCUUCGAAAACAAAGCAAAUUACUUAAAAAUGGAACUUAUAGGUUCAAGGCUCUCAGUGAUUCCAUAUUUGUACUAGAAAGGUCACUUAAUGGGGAAAAACUGGUGUUGUUAGCUAAUGUUGGUAACUCGGCAUCAACAAUCAAUAUUAGAGACUUCGAUGUCACUUUACCAGAAACCAUAAAGACUUCAAUUAUGAAUGUGUAUUCAACGAAAAGUGAAGGAAUUACCAUUCAAGCUGGAAGAAUAGAACUAAGUCCAUAUGAAAGCUUGGUAUUGGUCAAAACAUAGUUUAGGUACCUGGAGUACAUAAUAUAACUGUCAAGAUUGAUGAUUGACAUGUGUUUAAUAAGAAAUUA